AUGCACAGCGUCUUCUCCGCCGACGAUUUCACCGACCCCUUCUGGCAGGCUACGCCGCCGGCGCCAGCAAUCAACAGAAACCAAUCCGAGUGGGACCUGGAGAGGUUCCUUCAGGAAUUCCCUUCCUCCGGUUCCUCCUCCGCCAGCAACAGCACGACCACAGUGCCGUCGCAAUCGCCGCCAGCGACGAAGCCGGGGAAUUGCAACAGCGAUGUGAUGGAGAUCAGGCAGCAGCCCCCACAGCUUCAUCCUCAUGCUCAUCAUCCUCCUUCCCAACCUCAUCAAUUCCCUCAACCACUGGAUCACGCUCCCAUGGCUACGAUCGAUACGGAAGAGUACCGGGUUUUUCUCAAGUCCCAGCUUGAUCUGGCGUGCGCCGCCGUGGCUAUGACCAGGACAACGGCUGUGAAGCCUCCUGAUUUUUCUCCUUUGCCUGAGAAUCAAGUUCCAGUUACAUCUGCUAACAAUUUCCACUUGGGAUCACAACUUCCAGAUGAUGUUAAUCCACAGGUUAAAAUCAAGGGUGCAUGUUUGAGUAAGCCAAUUGCACAGAGUGAGGCUGACCGUGGGUCACCUGGAAUUCCGUCAUUACCCACGGUGCAAAAGAAACAAGAAGUGCUAACUAGGCAAACAACUAGUGGCUCAUCAAGGGAUGAUUCAGAUGACGAUGAUCUUGAAGGGGACACUGGAACCAAUGGAGGUCCUACUGACGUGAAGCGUAAAAGGAGGAUGCAGUCGAACCGAGAAUCAGCUAGACGCUCUCGAAGAAGAAAACAAGAGCAACUCAAUGAACUUGAAACACAGGUUGGUCACCUCAGGGAUGAACGUACUACGCUUUUGUCGAGACUCACUGAUGUGAAUCACAAGUCCGAUGAAGCUUCUGUUGACAACAGAGUCUUGAAGGCUAAUAUUGAAACAUUAAGGGCAAAGGUGAAGAUGGCUGAAGAACAGGUGAAGCGGGUGACAGGUUUGAACCCAUUGCUCCUGGCAAGGUCUAACGUUGUAGUACCUAACAUGGGGAUGCACCAAUACCCUGGCGGCAUCCAGGCAAACAUGGAUGCAAACGAGUCCUUUCACCGACCACUUCCAAAUAUGACUCCAGCUCCACAUCUGCAACCAAUAAACAACAGCGGCUUUGGCAACAAAUACAUGGGUUCCAUAGCCGGUUCUGGUUCCCAUGCUCUUAAUGGAAUGACUAAUAUUAGUGGAAAUGGAAUGAACUCUAGUAUGAUGCCACACAUGCAGAAGCAUAUUGGUCCAGGUAUCGAGCAACGACCAGCCUUGCCUGCGGCAAACACCUCUGGACAUCCCCAUCUUGGAGGAGUGGCCAAAGUUGACAAAAAGAAAUGA